AUGGCAACCUCCCUUCGAACUUCGCCUUUUGUUGUCGACAAACCAGUGGACAAUUCUUCCUCCACGAAUGACAAAGAAAUGAUGCCAAAGAUUGAUAAGAGUGGGAGGUUUUGCAGCCCAAGAGCCGCCCGAGAGCUUGCUUUAUUGAUCAUUUAUGCUUCGUGCUUAGAAGGCUCUGACCCAAUUCGACUAUUUGAGAAGAGAAUGAAUGCAAGAAGAGAACCCGGUUAUGAAUUCGAUAAGGCAUCAUUGUUGAAGUACAAUCACAUGAGCUUUGGAGGACCGCCUGUUACAACUGAGACUGUUGAAGAAGCUGAUGAGCUUCAGCUUAACGAUGAGAAAGAGUCUGCAAUUGAAGCGGAAGUCCUUUCAGCUCCUCCAAAGUUGGUAUACAGCAAACUGCUUUUGCGUUUCACAAGGAAGCUUUUGGUAGCUGUGGUGGAUAAAUGGGACAGUCAUGUUCUUGUAAUAGAUAAAGUCUCCCCGCCAAAUUGGAAGAAUGAGCCAGCGGGAAGAAUUUUGGAGUUCUGUAUCCUCCACAUGGCAAUGUCUGAGAUCACAGUUCUUGGAACACGCCACCAGAUUGUGAUUAAUGAGGCUGUGGACCUUGCAAAACGAUUCUGUGACGGGGCAGCACCACGCAUUAUUAAUGGAUGCCUUAGGACUUUCCUGAAGGAUCUCUCAGGAGCCAGUAUGGCUCAGACUUCAGAAGCUAAUGAGAAAGUAGAAGUAUGA